CUACUCAGCCAUGGACUCAGCCCACCUUACUCACGUAGCCUUUUCUCUCUUCUUUCCUCUUAUAGUUCUCUUCCUUCUGAUACUUUUCCUACCACUCUUCAUAUACAAGCUCUUCCUCUCCCUCCUCCCCUCCUCCAAUGAGAACAUGGCACGUAAGGUCAUCCUCAUCACCGGUGCUUCCUCCGGCAUCGGCGAGCAAUUGGCUUACAAGUAUGCAAAGAGAGGGGCCUUCCUAGUCCUUGUUGCGAGGAGAGAGAAUGCACUUAAAGAGGUCGCCCAGAAUUCCCACCGGCUCGGCUCACCGGAAGUCCUAGUGAUUCCUGCCGAUGUCUCCCAGCUUGAAAAAUGCAAGGAGAUUGUGGAGAAAUCAAUCAGCCAUUUCGGGCAAUUGGAUCAUCUGGUAGCCAAUGCUGGAUUGGGUGCAUCCUGUCUGUUCGAAGAAGUGGAGGAUAUCGCCAGCUUCACAAAAAUAAUGGAUGUGAACUUCUGGGGUUCAGUCUACCUGACAUACUACUCAAUCCCUCACCUCCGAAAGAGUAAGGGAAGGAUCAUUGUAAAUGCAUCAUUAGCAGGCCAGGCCGCUAUCCCCAAAGCAAGCUUCUACAAUGCCAGCAAGGCAGCUCAGAUAAAGUUCUAUGAGACGCUGAGGAUUGAACUCGGUUCGGAUGUAGAAAUUACCAUAGCGACUCUUGGGUUCGUCGCAUCGGAGAUUACUAAAGGCAAACUCAUGCUCAAGGAAGGAAAAAUAAGAACAGAUGAAGAAGAAAUCAAGGUCGUUGGUCCAAUCCCGAUUGGAAGUGCAGAGGAGUGUGCAGCGGCCAUACUGAGUGGGGCAUGCAAAGGAGAAAGAUACGUGACAUGGCCCACCUGGUACAGGGCAAUUUAUCUGAUCAUAUUUUUGGUCCCUGAGGUUUAUGACUGGUUUAUGCACUCAUUUUAUGUCGCCAAACAAGGCUCGCCAGAGGGAAAUGCUCUAAGCAAGAGGAUCUUGGACAUGAUCGGGGCCAACAAGUUCCAUCCAGCUUCAAUGCAAGCAAUGAACGUAAAGGCGAACUAAGGAUUAAUGUCCCAUCAGUCAUAUUAUAAUAAUAGAGAAUUCGCUAUUUUCAUGGACUGCUUUAUUUUAAAGAAGGUAGUAUGCUAAAUCUAAAUUUAAGUUGUAAACCUUUGUCCAUGGCCAUCUGCAUUGGAUAGUAUUAAAUUUUGUGAAACCUUUGUGUGGGUGAUAACUGCAUUUAAAUAUUGAAGUAUAAUUGGACCCACAUACUUUUGUGGGUGAUUGUGUAGGGAUUAGUCUGGCCUUAAAAAAGACAUCCUGCCAUCAUAAUAAAUAAAUAUUUUCAUAAUGUUGACUUUUUUUUUUAUA